AUGAAUUUGCAACAUCCCGCACUGUUGAUAGUGCUUAUUGCUUUGACAUGUUGUUGCGUGAUUUGUACGACAAUGGAAAGAAUACAAAAUCCAGCAUACCUUGAUGGAUCAUACGGUAAAGUAAGGAAAGGGUGGAGAGCGAAAUAUAGAGGACAUUGGAAAAGAUUGAUUGAUCAAUCAGGUAUGAAAGAAGGAGAAAUUGACGUUGUUCGGCUAUCGACAAAUCGAGCUUCGAAAAUGAUGACAUCCAAUAACACACCUUAUGAUAUAUCUGAUCAGGUUAGUAAAUUAGGUCUGAAAUCGGAUGAUAUGAGUAAAACUUUGAGUGUGGAGGAUGUACGACAGCUAUUAUUUGAACCGAUUCGGAGUAAGGAAACGUAUGACAUCGUACAACCGCAUAAAUUGUCGACUCCCAAACAUUGGCACCGUCAAAUACGACAAUAUGAAGAAGGACGCAAGAAUAUUUUGGCAGUAAGCAAACUUAGAGAGCGGUAUCCGUUUGAAAAAGGGCAGAAAUUUGGUCCAUCGAAGUGCUUGGGACAAAAAGACGGUAUAUAUGAGGCUGGACCGUGUGAACGCUGGCACUUAUUAUGUCGUAAUGGAAAGGCGAAAAAGAUUUUCUGUGCAAACGGUUUGUAUUGGAAUGGUGAUAAAAAUCAAUGUGAGCCAAAAAUUAAUAUUGUUUAUUGUCAGCUAAAGUUUGACUGUACUGGGAUGGAUGACGGUAUUUACGUUGAUGGUUGUUCAAAUGUAUUCUGGUUUUGUAACAGUGAAACGGCAUUUCUUUCCAAAUGUCCAAGGAAUUUAUACUUUAAUAUCAAUAAGCUAAGAUGUGAUCUUAAAGAAAUGAUACCAGCAUGUGGAGGGAUCGAUCGGGAUGAAAUGAAGCUUGUUAAUUCUCAGGAAAAAUUUUCUAGAAAGUCAAGAGAGGAAUGGAAAGAGCAAGUAACUCACAAGUUGUUAGAAUCUGUGCGAAAAGAAGGCAUUUGUGAAGAACGAAAAGAUGGGAAAUAUGCUAUUGCUAAAUGUUAUGAGAAAUUUCUUUUUUGUGUCGAAGGAAAGAGUUUGAUUGUUAACUGCCACAGCGGUCAGUUGUAUUCUUCUGAACAUCAGCAAUGUAUAGAUGCUAGAAAUUUGCCGUUUUGUCGAGAUUUUGCAGAUUUGGAGACAAGCACAGCUUCAAGAUAUUCUGUUUCGUGUUCUUCACUUCCCGAUGGUACCUAUGAAUUGGGAGAUUGUGAAAGAAGCUUUUCAAUCUGUCGUAAUGGAGUGAGAAGCAAUGCUUCCUGUGGACGUGGUCUUGUGUAUAAUGCGCAAACAGGACACUGUGACUAUGCAUCCAACGUUAAAAAGUGUCCACAAAUUAAAAAAGAACAUGAACCAGAAUUAGCACACACACAUAUAGGUACAGGAAGCAUCCAUAAAACGAUGGUACCUUAUCGGAAGCAAAAUGUUUGUCAAAAGUGGGAAAAUGGUAUGUACGCCAUCGCAAAAUGUUAUGGAAAAUACUUAUUUUGCAUCGAUGGAAGAGGUCUUGUUGUUGUUUGCAGCGAUGGACAGUUGUUUUCUCCUGAACAUCAGCAGUGCAUGGAUGUUGGAAAGUUACCUUCAUGUGCUGGUUUUGAGAAUUCGGAAACAACCGUCAUUGCUGAAUAUUCUGAUCAGUGUUCUUCGCUUUCCGAUGGUGUCUAUGAACUAGGUGAUUGUGAACGGAAUUUUUUAAUUUGUUUUAAUGGAGAGGGAAGCAUUGCUUCAUGUGAACCAAAUUUUGUAUAUAAUGGGCAAACCGGGCAUUGUGAAUACAAGUCUAAAGUUGAAAAGUGCUUGGGAUACAGAAAAAACAAGCAAAGACGAGACAAAUCAGCUUUGUCAGGUAAAGAACCAGAUUGUCGUUGUAAGGGACAAAAAGAUGGUCUAUAUGCAGUAGGAUGUACAAAGAAAUUCUAUUCGUGCUCAAAUGGUAUUUCAACUGGUCAUAAAUGUCCAACUGAUUUAGUUUUCAAUGUUGAUAGUGGUUUUUGCGAUUAUCCGAUGAAUGUUGUUGCAUGUGGUGGACAAGGACUGAUGAUAAAUGAAGUUGAUAUUGAUGAAGAAAGAACUGCUUCUAACUUAAUUUCUGGAUGCUCAAUUUUGGAAGAUGGCAUUUACGGUUUAUCACCUUGUGGUUCUGGAUAUUAUCGUUGCUGGCGUGGUGCAACAUCCUUUGGAAGAUGUGCAUUUGAUUUGGUGUUUAAUCCUUCCUUGAAUAGAUGUGAUUUCAGGGAGAAUGUUGCAGGGUGUCUACAAUACAACAAGACAUCAGAUAAGAUUAAAAAACCGAUCUAUGGGAUUACAAUUAAACCUGUAGAAGGUGGUACAUCGAAAUGUGAAAAGCUAAGCGAUGGUUUUUAUGUGGAAGGUUGUAAUAGAAUCUAUUAUAUCUGCGCAAAUGGCAAAACAUUUUAUAUGAAUUGUCCAUGGAAUCUCACUUUCAAUUAUCGCAGUGGUACUUGCGAUGAGCCAAGUAUUGUCGAAGCUUGCAGAGAUACUUCAAGUGAAAAAAUGCACCCAUCAUUAUUUGGCACAAUUGCGCCACUGAUGCCAAGUUGUACUACUCUUCCAAAUGGCCCUUAUCAAUUUGGUCUUUGCUUAGCGGAUUAUAUUUUAUGUCGAGAUGGUGUUAUUAGUUUGGCCAGUUGUCCUGAUCCAAUGGUUUUUAAUCCAGACAACUCACGAUGUGCUUUGAGACCUGAUGUUGUCGCAUGCGGAAUAGUUAAUCACUCGACUAGAAAUAAAUUGGAUAUCUAUUGUGUUGCUCGACCAGAUGGAAUAUUUUCAUACAACUGUUCGCAAAAUUUUUACAUCUGCGCAAAAGGAAAGAUCUAUCUCUUCGCAUGUCCUUAUGGGAUGGUUUACGACAGUAAAUUUCGUCGAUGUGGAAAUUCCGCUGAAGUUCAGUCUUGUAUUCGAACUGAGUCAUUAGUAUCUCUAUUACCACGGGAACCAAUGAAUAAUUCAUUUGAUAUGAUAGUGGAAGACAAUGAUAAAUUUUGCGACGGUCGUCCUGAUGCGAAUUAUGCAGCCGGAUUAUGUUCAACGAUUUUUUUUUCAUGUGUUCAUAUGAGAAAGGUGUUAAUGUCAUGUCCUGAAAAGCUCGUGUAUGUUGAAUCAACUAAUCGGUGUGAAGAGCCAAAAAAUGUCGCAGAAUGUCGAAAUAGUUCUGUAAUACCUAAAAACAUCUCAUCGGAUGAACAAGAUAUAGAGGAACGACUGAUAUCUUCCACGAUUACACCUCUCUGUCUGGGGCGAAAGGAUAACAUUUAUCCACUGGAUUUUUGUUUGCAAAGUUAUUUGCAAUGUUACAAUCAGAAAGGAAUAAUAAAACACUGUCCAGAUAACAUGCUAUUUGAUGGAAAUAUUGCUGCUUGUGUUCCAAAAGCGACUUGCAAUCGAAUAGUAACAUCAUCGAAUGAGAAACACGAAAAUGCAGGAAAUGAUGAUAAUAAAAUUAAGAUAUUAACUGAAACAGCACUGCCACGAUGUUAUGAAAUGGCGGAUGGUGACUAUUCGGCAGGUUGUGUACCGGACUUCAUAACAUGCAUUGGUGGUUCUGAAAUCCAUAAGAAAUGUCCGAAUUCAAUGGUAUUUUCGAAUAUUUUACGUGGAUGCGUGUCUUACGAAAAGUGCGCAUUUUUGAUGUAUCGAGUAUUAGCUUCGUUUCAUCCAUCGCAUAGAGUAGGCACUCAUAAAGAAUUGGAGAAAGACGGAAGCGCUAUGAACACACCAUCAGUUUCUGAUCCUGAAUUAUCGGUACCGGAAGCUAAUACUUUAGGACGUUGUAAAAAUGUUCCAAUACAAUGCCUAAUUGCAUCUACUGAAAUGCCAUUUCUGGUGCAGAUGUAA